AUGCUGCACACGGACUGGACAGAAGUGGAAGUGAUCGAGCUACUGGUCGACAGUACCACCGGUCUCGGUUUCGGGAUGUGUGGGAGCAAGAGUACCGGGAUUAUAGUGCGGCACAUUCAUCCGGGUGGAGCUGCCGAGACGGAUGGACGUCUGCGACUGGGUGAUCAUAUUGUUUGCGUACAAGAUUUCAACGUUCGCGGUUUCGGUCCAGAUCAAGUGGCCACUGUACUUCGACACACGAUUUCAGCCAAUCUCCUAGCCGCUUCCAUGAAUCCAGACGUCACAGACGAGUCAGCUAGCCACAUUGAUUUAUUUGAGGUUAAAUCUAACCGAGGUGAAAUUGAUUGGCCUAUUCGAACUGAACCGCUUAGUGACUCGUCCGCCGUACCCCCUCUGAAUCAGCCACGCAGGCCGACUGAUGUUUCAACUGAGUCCCCUGUAGUUCAACAAACAGAUGAAACCGAACAGUCCGUGGUGGAGGCGAUCGUGCACGCGGUUCCCAUCCGGUUUAUUGUGGCCCGACCGGUUCAAGGAAUACCUCAGGAAUUGAACGAGGAAUAUGAGUAUCAACAAAGAUUAAUCAAUGAGCAUCAAGUAUAUGGCACAGUGAGGGUUUGGAACACGCCAGCAAGCUCUGUUCUGUGCUCAAGAACUGCCAAAGAACGAACUAAACUGUCCUUUAUCGGUUUCGUACAACCGGGAGAGGAUGGGGAUACGUUUAGUCGACAUGGGCAACGGAGUACCAAAUCCGGACUUGCUAUAAAGCGCUCACGUGUUCCGCCCACGUUUGACACAAUACGAUAUCUGCUCGUGGUGGAACGGGUUGCCAAGAGCUAUUUGUGUUUUCGUUUGGGCACACAUUAUUACGCAAUCAACGUAGAUUUCAACCCCAAUAUCGAUGUACCGGAUUGUAUCAAAUGA